AUGACGGCUCCGCCGUCCCCUGUCCCGGCCCCGCAGCUGCACCCUGACGGCCCCGCCGAGCCGCCCAGCAGCAGCCGAGCCGCCCAGCCGCAGCCGAGCCGCCCAGCAGCAGCUGAGCCGCCCAGCAGCAGCCGCGCCGCCCAGCAGCAGCCGAGCCGCCCAGCCGCAGCCGAGCCGCCCAGCAGCAGCCGAGCCGCCCAGCCGCAGCCGAGCCGCCCAGCAGCAGCUGAGCCGCACAGCAGCAGCCGAGCCGCCCAGCAGCAGCCGAGCCGCCCGGGGAGGGCCAUUGACUUUGCCGUCUGGAUUGAAGACCCGCAGCUGUACUUACUGUGUGAUGCGAUAGAUGAGGUCUCUCUCUUUGACUUUGUCUCUGGCACUGUCCCUGCCCCGCCUGCUGAUGCUGACUCUGCUGCUCGCUCCAAGUGGGCGACCCGCGAUGCUGCUGCACGUCUUGCUGUGCGUCGCCACCUCCCUUCCUCUAAGCGUGCCCACUUUAGUCAGUGCAAGACCGCUCAGGCCUUGUACGACGCUGUAGUUGCACGCUACUCCUCCCCUUCCUCCGCUACCCUUAGCCGCCUCAUGCUACCGUUUCUCUUCCCUGACCUCGCUUCCUUUCCCACUGUUGCUGACCUCGUUACCCACCUCCGCGCUAGUGACACCCGCUACCGCGCUGCCCUUCCUGCUGAGUUCCGCGCUGCCAACCCUCCUCCCAUGUACAUCACUCUCUACUUUCUCGUCACCCGUCUCCCUGAGUCCCUUCGUGUCGUUAGGGACCAGUUUCUCUCUGUCUGUCCCACCACUCUCACUGUCGACCUCCUUGAGGAGUCCCUGCUAGCGGCUGAGAAGAGUAUUGUCGCUGUAGGGGCCUCUCGGGGUGACCCUCGCACCCCCAUCUUUGAGGGGUGUGGUCCUUCCCCCCUGCUGCCCUCUGUAGCCUCUGCCGCUGCGGCCGACCUCGCUGGUUUUGAGUCGGUCGGCGCGGCGUCUGCCCCCAGCGGCAGACGCCGCUCUGGCAAGGGCAAGGGGGGCAAGGGAGCGGGUGGAGCUAGAGGGGGCGGUGGAGGAGGCGGUGGGGGUGGAGGGGGGAGUGGGGGUGGCGGUGGGGGUGGUGGCGGGAGUGGAGGUACUGGUGGCGGCGGUGGAGGCGGAGGUGGCGGUGGAGGUGGUAGCGGAGGAGGCGGUGGGAGCGGUGGGAGCGACGGUCCUGGUGGGGGAGGUGGCGGUGGAGACGGGGGUGGCGGUGGAGGCGGGGGUGGCGGUGGAGGCGGGGGUCGGAGUGGCUCGUCCCAGCGGAGCAGCUCUGGGGGUGGUCAGCGCCAGCAGCAGCAGCAGCAGCAGCAGCAGCAGCACCAGCAGCCGCAGCAGCAGCAGCGCUCUCGCACCGUCCCCGGCCCUCAGCAGCUCCGUGAGUGGUACUAG